GGAGAACGUUGUAUGUCGGCUCAAUAAGUCACUCUAUGGACUCAAACAAGCAUCAAGAAACUGGUUCUCUACUUUUUCUGAAGCCAUUCAAAAGGCUGGUUAUCAACAAUCAAAGGCUGACUACUCCCUCUUCAUCAAAUCUCAAGGUACUUCACUCACAAUUGUUCUUAUUUAUGUUGAUGACAUACUUCUCACGGGCAACGAUCUUCAAGAAAUGAAACGCCUUAAAGAGUUUCUUCUCAAGCGUUUCCGUAUCAAAGAUCUUGGAGAUUUGAAAUAUUUUUUGGGCAUUGAGUUUUCUCGUUCCAAAGAAGGUAUCUUCAUGUCUCAAAGAAAAUAUGCUCUAGACAUUUUGCAAGAUUCGGGACUGACAGGCGCUCGCCCUGAUAAAUUUCCAAUGGAACAAAAUUUGAAACUAACUCCCACAGAUGGAGUGGUACUAAAUGAUCCAACCAAAUAUAGAAGGCUUGUUGGUAGGUUAAUUUACCUUACUGUCACAAGACCUGACAUUGUAUAUUCUGUCCAAACAUUGAGUCAAUUCAUGCAUGAGCCAAGAAAGCCUCACUGGGAUGCUGCAUUGAGAGUCCUCAGAUACAUCAAAGGCACACCUGGACAGGGCUUACUAUUUUCAUCUGCUAAUGACCUUACCUUAAAGGCUUUUUGUGAUUCAGAUUGGGGAGGUUGUCAUGCCACUAGAAAAUCUGUUACAGGAUUUUGCUUUUUCCUUGGAAAUUCUCUCAUCUCAUGGAAGUCUAAGAAGCAAGUUGUUGUCUCUAGAUCAUCAGCCGAAUCUGAAUAUCGAGCUAUGGCUAAUACAUGCUUGGAGUUGACCUGGCUACGGUUCAUAUUACAAGAUUUAAAAGUCCCACAAGAUGCUCCAACACCAUUAUUCUGUGACAACCAGGCAGCUCUACACAUUGCGGCGAAUCCUGUAUUUCAUGAGCGUACAAAACAUAUUGAAAUUGAUUGUCAUAUAGUACGGGAAAAACUACAAGCUGGGAUGAUCAAUCCUUCUUAUGUGCCAACAAAAUUCCAGCUAGCAGAUGUGUUUACAAAAGCUUUGGGAAAAGAUCAAUUUGUGACAUUGCGCAACAAGUUGGGACUUCACGAUAUUCACUCACCAACUUGAGGGGGAGUAUUAGGAAAUAUCUUCUACAUGAUUGCAAAUAUGCUGUGUAUAUAUUUACUUUCCUAUGUUACCUUGAUUCUAUAUUUAUUUACCUUAUAAUGCAUAGAAUAAAUCAGAUGCCACUGAUUAUGGAUCACGUCUGUCAUGCCUUAGAAUUGGUAUAGAACAUUCUUGUACAUGUAUUAUAUAUAUCAUGCAAAGGAUCAAUGAAAUAACAAUAUAUAUACAUAUUCUAUUUCAAUUUGCCUUGCUAUUAUCAUACCCUACAUCUUUACAUUGCUGUC